CAGGGGGCAGUCUCCAUGUGAAGAGACAACGCCGCAUUGCCCACGAAGAAGAACGUGCCCAUGACGUUAAUGACGACACAGCACAACAACCAAUCAAAUGUGAGGAACGAAGAUGGCGGAAUCAGAGAUGAGUGUCAGGAGCUGUCGAGAACUAUGGACCAUACUGCUGGGAAGAUCUGCACUGCGAGAGCCCGCUCAGAUAGAAGCGGAGCUGGACAGACACUGGAACCGACUACACCAAGGACUCAGUUACUACAAGCCACCCAGCUCAUCCUCUGCUGGGAAAGUGAAGGAGAACAAAGAUGUUGCACAACCAUUGAAGGAUUUUGGUCUGAGGAUCAGUAAGCUCUUGUGUCUUGAUGAGCAGCAGAGUGUGCAGCUUUUACAGUGCUACCUACAAGAGGACUACAGAGGAACACGGGACUCAUUAAAGGUUGUUUUGAAGGAUGAGCGACAGAGCCAGGCGCUUCUGCUGAAGAUUGCAGACUAUUACUAUGAUGAGCGCAUGUGUCUGCUCAGAUGUGUCCUGCUCCUGCUGACGUACUUCCAAGAUGAGCGACAUCCCUACAGGGCUGAGUAUGGAAACUGUGUCAAUAAACUGGAGAAGGAUUUGGUGAGCAACUACCAGUCACAGUUUGAGAAGCUCUUCAAAGCAGAAGCACCGACAUGGGAAACUCACGGAAACCUCAUGACGGAGAGGCAGGUGUCACUAUGGUUCCUUCAGUGUCUGAGGGAACAGUCUCUGCUGUUAGAGAUCAUCUUCUUGUAUUACGCCUACUUCGAGAUGAGCCCGACCGACCUGCUCAGCUUCACCAAAAUGUUCAAAGUGCAAGGCUUUGGUUUGCGACAGACAAACAGACACCUGGUGAACAAAAGCAUGGAUUCACUGGUGGAACGCAUCGGAUAUUUGAGCUCUCUCAUCUUGGUCGAAGGAAUGGACAUAGAUUUCCUGCACAAGUGUGCCCUGGAAGACUGCACAGAGCAGCAUCAGUUCUCCAGUGCUCCUGAUGUCGUCAAGGAGAUGGAUCAGCUGCUACAGACGUUCGGUGACAUCCCUCAUCAUGGUCCAGUGCUGCUGGCCUGGGUUCUGCUGAGACACACUCUGCGGCCGGAAGAGUCCAGCCCCGUGAUCAGGAGGAUAGGCAACACCGCCCUGCAGCUCGGGGUGUUCAACUACAUUUCAACAAUGCUGAAAGGCCUCGGAGCCUCUGGGAAUAAUUGCACAGCCAGCACAGCGAAGAUGUGUAUCUAUGGCCUUCUCUCGUUUGUCAUCACUUCUUUCGAGGAGGAGAGCUUACAGACUGACGGUGUAGCGACACAGUGCUCCCACCUGAUCGAUGCUGCCUGUGAGGUCCUCUCUGCUCCCAGCCUGGCUGAGGUGUUCUGGGAAAUGAAGCCAAACAUGGGAUUAGGGAUGAUCCUGGACAGUGCAGUCGGGAUGUUCCCUCAUAAGAUCGGACCGCUGUUGCAACUUCUCACGGCUCUUUUGUCGAACAAGUCCACCGUUAAAAAGGUUUACAACUUUUUGGAUAAGAUGUCCUUCUACACACAAGUUUACAAACACAAGCCCAAUGAUAUCAUCUCCAAGGACGACGAGACGCUGUGGAGGAGACAAACUCCAAAACUCCUCUACCCUUUGGGCUCAGGGCAGACGAACCUGUGGAUGCCUCAGGGAGUGCUGGGUCAGGUGAUGAUCGGAGGCGAGCAGGGCUACGUGGUUCGCUGGGAUUACUCCUACAGCUCCUGGACGCUCUUCACCUGCGAGGUGGAGAUGCUGCUGCAUGUUGUCUCAACUGCAGAUGUUUUAGCUCACUGUGCUCGUGUGAAGCCAAUCCUGGAUCUGGUCCAUAAGAUCAUCAGCACAGACUGGACUGUGUCUGAUUGCCUGCUGCCUCUCACCUCUCGUAUCUACAUGUUGCUGCAGAGGUUAACGUCGGUCAUUAACCCUCCUGUGGACGUGAUCGCCUCCUGUGUGAACUGUCUCUCCGUUCUGGCUGCGAGGAUGCCCGCAAAGGUGUGGUCCAGCCUCCACCACACAGGUUUCCUCCCCUUUGCCUCCAACCCUCUGACCAGCAUGGCUCAGUGUGUGAGUGCUGAAGGGAUGAAGGCAGGUAAUUAUGGCAACCUGCUGGUCCAGAUUGAGCAGCCGAGAGGGGAGUAUGCUGUGACCGUCGCCUUCCUCCGUCUGGUCACAACUCUAGUGAAGGGUCAGCUGGGCAGCACGCAGAACAAAGGCCUGAUCCCAUGUGUGCUGCUGGUGUUGAAGGAGAUGCUGCCCACGUACCACAAGUGGCGUUACAACACCUACGGAGUCAGGGAGCGGAUAGGCUGUCUGAUUUUGGAGCUGAUCCACGCCAUCCUUAAUCUGAGCCCGGAGGAAGAGGAUCAGGGAAGCACUCCCACCCUGCAGUCACUGUGCAUCUACAGCCUGGCAAACACUGAGGCAGGACAAGCAGUCGUCAACAUCAUGGGAGUCGGAGUUGACACCAUAGACGUGGUCCUGGCUGCUCAGCCCAGCAGCUGUGGCUCAGAGGGUCCCGGUCAGAUCCUGAUCCAGACCGUCAAACUGGCCUUCUCCGUCACCAACAAUGUCAUCCGCCUGAAGCCGCCAUCUGAUGUUGUGUCCCCUCUGGAGCAGGCGCUGACUCAACACGGUGGCCACGGCAACAACCUCAUCGUUGUCUUAGCCAAAUAUAUUUACCACAAACACGACCCAGCACUACCUCGCCUGGCGAUCCAGCUGCUGAAGCGGCUCGCCACAGUCGCUCCCAUGUCGGUGUACGCUUGCCUUGGCAGCGACGCAGCAGCCAUCCGGGACGCGUUCCUCACCCGGCUGCAGAGUAAAACAGAAGACAUGAGGAUCAAGGUUAUGAUCCUGGAGUUCCUGACUGUAGCUGUGGAAACACAGCCUGGACUUAUCGAGCUUUUCCUCAACCUGGAAGUCAAAGACGGCACAGAGGGGUCAAAGGAGUUCCUGCUGGGCGAGUGGAGCUGUCUCCACGUGGUGUUGGACCUGAUUGACUCCAAACAGCAGGGGAAGUACUGGUGUCCCCCGCUGUUGCACAGGGCUGCCCUGGCCUUCCUCCUGGCUCUCUGGCAGGAUCGCAGAGACAGCGCCAUCUCUGUGCUACGGAAAAAAGACAGGUUCUGGGAGAAUUUGACGACACCUCUCUUCGGAACUCUCACCCCACCUUCAGACACCACAGAGCCUUGUGUUUUAGAGACGUGUGCUUUUGUCAUGAAAAUCAUCGGCCUGGAGAUCUACUAUGUCGUCAGCGGUUCCUUGGAGCAGACUCUAAAGGACGACCUUCAGAAGUUUGCUAACGCACGGCGGUACGAGUACUGGUCUCAGUACCUCAAGUCUCUGGUGUGCCAUGUGGCGGAGAUGGAGGAGGAAGGCAUCUGUUACUUCCCAGAGACUCAGAUGUUGCUCUCUGCCUGGAGGAUGCUGCUCAUUCUCUCCACGGGCCAUUCCGACGUGAUGCAGCUAACGGAUGACUCAACCAAACUCAAGCUCUUCAUGGAUGUGCUGGACGGGACCAAAGCCACCCUCACCACUCCUACGUCUGUGCCUUGUCUUCGUCUCGGGUCCAUGAUGGCCACUCUACUCCUCAUCCUCCUCAAACAGUGGAAAAGUGUGGUCGCCACAGCCCCUGACAUCCUGUCUCCACUCUCCCUCAUCCUGGAGAGUGUCCUGCAGGCCGACCAGCAGAUGAUGGAGAAGACCAAAGCCAAAAUCUUCUCUGCGCUUAUUUCUGUGAUGCAGAUUCAGGGACUCAACGGUGGAGAUAUUUCCCAGCUGCCCCAGCUGUUGCUGUCUGUGUGUGAGACGGUGAAAGACGAAGCCUUGGCGCUUAUUGACAACACUCGACACAUGAACCAGGCAGGAGAGACACAGGCGGAGGACGAGGACAGCAUGGAGACAGACUCCCCUCGUGGCACGAAGGACCAGAGAGACGGGGUGUGUGUGCUCGCUCUGCAUUUAGCAAAGGAGCUGUGUCGCACCGAUGAGGACGGUGAGCACUGGGUCUCGGUGAUGAGGAAGGUGCCGGUCCUCCCCUCAGUGCUCAGCGCCGUGGAGCUCAGCCUGCGAUCCAAACACAACCUCUACUUCACUGAGGCUGCGCUCCACCUGCUGCUAACACUGGCCCGCACUCCACAGGGUGCAGCAGCUGUAGCAGGAGCAGGAGUCAUCCAGACUAUCUGCCUCCCUCUCCUGAGCGUCUACGAGGUGUCUCCAAACGGGACGUCACAGGGCUUCUCUCGAAAGUCCCAGGACUCAGCCUGCUGGCCUGGAGUGUACCGCCUCUGCAUGUCUCUAAUGGAGAGUCUGCUCAAAACACUGAGGUACAACUUCAUCAACGAGGCCCUGGACUUUGUGGGGGUCCAUCAAGAACGGAUACUACAGUGUCUGAACGCCGUGCGGACCGUUCAGAGUCUGUCGUGUUUGGACGAGGCCGAUCACACGGUGGGCUUCCUGCUGCAGCUCUCAAGCUUCUGUAAGGAGUGGCAGUUUCACCUUCCCAACCUGCUUCGAGACGUACAGGUGAAUCUAUGUUAUCUGUGUCAGACCUGUACGUAUCUGCUACACAGCAAGAAGAUGCUCCAUCACUACCUCCAGGCGAAGAACGGUGAAGCGUUGCCCCCCGGUCACCUCCCCAGAGCGCAACGCCCGCCCCAAACGCCGUCUAAAGAAGCCGCAGCAGCAGGAGGAGGAGAGCGAGAGGAGGCCGAGCAGAAGGCUCUGCUGGCUGUGCAGUGCAGCCUCCUGAAGAUCCUCAGUAAGACUCUGGCCACUCUGCAGCACUUCACUCCAGACUGCUGCCAGAUCCUCCUGGACCAGAGUAUGGACCUGGCAGAGUAUCGGACGCUGUUCGUGCUCAGCUUCACGACGCCGGCCUUCGACCCUGAUGUGGCUCCGUCGUUUGGUACCCUGCUGGCCACCAUCAACGUGGCUCUGAGCAUGCUGAGCGAGAUGGAGAAAAAGAAAGAACCUGCUUCCUUGAGUAUAGUUUCUCUGGCCUCAUCAGAGGAGAUCCAAGCUCUGAAGUCCCUGCUGAUGUUCACCAUGGAGAACUGUUUCUACGUGCUGAUCUCUCAAGCUGUUCGCUGUCUCAAAGAUCCCUCCAUCCUCCCGCGAGACAAACAGAGGCUCAAACAGGAGCUCAGCUCUGAGCUGAGCACUCUCCUCUCCAGCCUCUCACGACACUUCCGCCGGGGCUCUCCAUCGUCCCCUGCCAGCGGCAUCCUCCCCUCCACCCAGUCCAAACCCCCCACACCAGGCUCCAAGGCAAGCCAUGAAGGUCAGGAGCCGUUCAUCCAGCUCGUUCAGGCGUUUGUCAGACUAGUGCAGAGAUAGAGGAAGAACAAAAGACAUCCCAAACAUCACUUUUAUACCUCCAGUUGUAAAAUUGCAGGAAAAAGAAAUCUUUGUUGUUUCUGUAGUGAAAACAUUUUGACCUGGAGUGUGUGUGUGUGUGUAUUGUAACGAGUUUGGUGCCAUCAUUUUUGUAACAUUUUAUUUUGCCAAAUCUGAUGUUCUAACACGACCACAACCAAAGUGUUUACUCCGAAAAGGCCAACGAGAAGCUGCCUGAUUGUCAAAACAAACAUGUUCUAUGAAAAAGAUCUGGGUGCUACUUCACAGCAGUCCCUGACUGUGCUUCAAAGGCCUAGUUUUAUAGGUCACUUUGUUACGAUACGAAAGACCAGACACAUUUCAAGUGCUUCUUAAGAAGAUGAGACCUUUUAAAUAUAACCAGCUCCUGUAUGCUAACUUAUCGUAGUAGAAAGUGUUCUCGUGCUUUUUUCCUAUCCUCUUCAUUUUCACUAACUCUGUUCAAACUUUGCUAUUUUCUUAUCUCUGCUCAUCAUUGUAAGCAUUUUGAAGCAGCUGCCAAGAUUUGUACUUUGAAGAAUGUGUUUAUGCAAAUAAAGGGACUUUUGUACCACA